AUGCUCUCGAUUAAAAUAAAUUCGUCGCAAGAAUCAUCCCCAAAUGAUGAACCGUUAAAUAUUAAUUUUAAUGAUCGCAUUAAUUCUCUUAAUCUUUCACUUAUGCAUCACCUAGAAUCAUUGCCAAAUACGAAUUUGUCUCUCGAGCAAAUUUUUCAUCGUAUUCCGGUUAUAUUUCGAUUUCUUCAUAAAAGUCUUCAAUCUCAACAGAAAUUUUCCAAUGAAUAUCAUUAUCUAUCUGAUACUAUCCAAAAUAUGAUUUCCAUUUUUUCACAAUAUGUUCAUGAUCGACAUGUUCACGAAAAUGAACUUUUCGCUCUGAAAGAGAAAAUCACACAACUUAUUGGACAAAUCGGUUAUACACAAUAUAGUUUAGAACAAUAUUGGACAAUUAUUUAUAGUCUAGAACAUGAAAUUGAACGAUUACAAAUGCUUCUGCAAAAUCCACAGGUCUUACAAGUUAAUCUACAGAAAUUUCAAGCGCUUCAAGAAACACAAAAGAUUCAUUUAGAUCGAUUUAUUAAGGGAAAUGAAAAACUAAAAAUUUUAAUUAAAAAACAGAAAAAUUCCGUUGAAUUAAUACAAACACAAAUUGAAACUGAUCUUGAAGAAUUACAACGAUUAAAACCAAUAUUAGAUAGAGUCAAAGCAGAAGAGAAAGAUGUUAAUAAUCAUCGGUCACAAAUAGGUUUGUCUUUUAAAAAUAAUCAUCAAAUUAACGACGCCUCGUUUCUAGAAAAACAAAAUUUACACCUGCAAACUAUUAUUGAAACAACUAAAAAUAUGGAACAUGAAUACAAUGAUCGAAUGAAAACAACACAAAAUCAAUAUGAUCUUGUACAAAAACAAUUUAACGAUUUAAAAAAUAAUUAUAAUCAAAAUAAUCAAAAUCUAUUAUCAAUUCAAGCAAAUGAAACAAAUAUAAAACAAGAAAUUGAAAAUGUUAAAAAUCAAAUCAAUGCAGAACAAACUCGUUCGAUGGGUUAUCGUGAUAAAAUACAAAAUCUACAGCAUCAAACACAUGAAUUCGAACUCGUGAAACGUCAUGAAAAUAAUAUAAUUAAAUCCGAAGAGCAUAAGAAUAUAAGAUUAGAACGUAAACAAUUAAUGCUUCGGCACAAUCGGCUAAAACUUGAUAAUCAUAUUCAGUAUCUAACCGAACAAUUAAAUCAUAUAAUUAAAAAGAAUCAAACCAAUGAACAUAUUAUUACGAUAAAUAAUAUUCACCUUAAAGAUCAACAAAAUAAGAUAACAACAAUAAAAAUCGCUUUAAGAAAGUUUAUUCAUUUAAAUAAUAAUUUCGAAAAGAUUUUACAAGAAAAUCGAUUUAUUCGAAUAGAUGAACAAGAAAAACUUCGUUCAAUUAAACAAAUAUCAUUUCAAAAACGAAAACAACUGAUUACACAUCGGAAGCGUCUUCAUAUUUUAUCUACUAAUGAACAUAAUUUAAUCGAUAAAACGAUUCGGAAUUCAUUUGAAAUUAUCCGAUUAAAUAGUAUUUUUCAUAAUAUUAAUAGUACAGAAAAAUAUUUUCAAUCGAUGGUACGAAAUAAAAAAACGGAACUUAUGAAACGUGAAAAAGAACGUACUUCACUAAGUCAUUAUCUUCGUGAUCAUAAUGAUCGAACUCAUUUUCUCAGUAAAAAACAUCAAUUAAUUGAAAAUGAACUCGCGAGUAAAAUUGAUCAUUAUCAAUUACUCGAUAAUAAUUUACUAAAACAAAACUAUACUCAAAUUAUUAUAUCGAACCGAAAGCAACAUGUCAUUUAUUUGUAUAAACAAAAAUUGCAAAUCUUAAAUGGUCUUGAUACAAAAAAUAAUCAAUUAGAAUCAUUAUCUGAUAAUGAAACGCAUCGUAUUAUAAACAAAACUCAUGAAAACGAACAAUUAAAAUUAAAUAUUCAUAAUCUUAAACAACAAAUAGCAAAUACAAUAAGUAAAAAUAAACGUCAUUUAGAUGAAUAUUCAUUAUUGGAUGAAAAAAUUCGUUUAUAUACACAAUUAGAUGAUAUUUAUAAUCAGCAGCAACAACAAUGUUCAUUUCAUAUAGAUCAAUUUUCUCGUCGUAUCUUACAUUUACAACAAGAGAAUAAACAAUUAUUGACUAGUCUGCAAAACGUACGAAAAGAAGCUAUAGUUACUACAACCUAUCAGCAUAGUAAAGUGUUGAAAAAUGAUGAUUUGCAUCGCAUCUUAUCUUAUCGACCAUUAAUUGGCCGCGACAGUCCAACACGUGUUCAUACUGAUAAAGCAUUAGAAAACUAUUCAACAUUGACAAAAAGAUAUUCGCAAAUUAUUCAUGAAUGUGUGCAAUGGCGAGAAAAACUUGCAUGGAUUAAUCAACUUUAUUCUGUAAGUUACCAAUAG